AUACAUAAUACAUACAUCACAAUAAUGCAGUAGUCGUUAGAACUUUCGCGAGAUUGUCGUAUUUUUUUUCAAUAAACGUUAGUAUCUACAACUGCGGCCGUUAAAUAAGUCCAUCAUGAUAUCGUUUAUGACUGACUGGUUGCAUGACAACAUCACCUGUCUGAGUCUUAUCGCUGUUUUUGCGAGCUUCUACUAUUAUUCUACUUCGACGUACGGUAAAUGGCGGAUAUUGAACAUUCCGUACGUACCGCCGGUACCACUGUUUGGCAACACGACCAGAACAAUGAUGAGACUUGAACAUCCGAUUGACAUGUUCGAAAGGUUCUAUAACAGUUUUCCAGACGCCAAAUUGUUCGGAUUCUAUCAAAUGAGGGAUCCGGUGCUGUUGGUCCGCGACCCGGAGCUGAUCAACGCGAUACUGGUCAAGGACUUCUCGCACUUCACCGACCACGGUAUUGACUUGGACUCGUCCACAUCUGUGCUGGCCAAAAGUCUGUUCUUCGCCAAUGGCCAGAAAUGGAGGACGAUGCGCCAGAAGCUGAGUCCGGGCUUCACGUCUGGCAAGCUGAAGGACACGCAUGGCCAGAUCAACGAGUGCAGUGACGAGAUGGUGUCUGGAAUUGUCGAAACGAUCAAGAUGAAGACCGACCAAAUUGACGUGAAAACGAUAACCGGUGGUUUUUCAACAGAUGUGAUCGGCACGUGCGCAUUCGGCAUGAAGCUGGACACGAUCAAGAACGACAAUUCUGACUUCCGACGGUACGUAAAAAUAAUGUUCCAGAACACUCCGAGACAGAUGAUCGUCCAGGUGAUGCUGAUGAUCUGCCCUUGGGUCAUCAAGGUGUUAAAAAUCAAAAUGUUUUCGGAAGAGGCGACCAAUUUUUUCCAUAAUGUUUUCACCGAUGUCUUCAAGUAUCGCGAAGAGCACAACGUGAUCCGGAAUGAUUUGACGCAGACCCUGAUGCAGGCACGUAAAGAGUUAGUGUUGAAGGAAAAUCCAAGCGUUGAAGAUAAAUUCACUGACGAUGAUAUCAUCGGUAACGCUAUUCUCAUGUUCACUGCUGGUUCUGAAACCAUAUCUUCUAUGCUAUCUUUUUGCCUGUACGAAUUGGCGCUGAAUAUAGAAAUCCAAGACAGGUUACGAUCGGAAAUAUAUUCAAUGAAAGCAAAACACAACGGACAAAUAAAUAACGAUUAUUUGAUGGACCUCUAUUACACCAACAUGGUUUUGGAAGAGACUGCUCGCAAGUACUCCAUUGCUUUUAGCUUAAUGAGAGUGGCUACAAAAACAUACACCUUACCCGAUGAGUCAUUUGUCAUUGAAAAAGGACAAAAACUCAUUAUACCUAUGUUCAGCAUACAUCGUGAUCCAAAAUAUUAUCCGGAUCCCUUGAAAUUUGAUCCGGAAAGAUUUUCUACGGAACAAAAAUCUCAACGACCAAAUGGAACUUACAUGCCGUUUGGUGACGGACCUCGUCUGUGCAUAGGCAAACGGUUUGCCGAAUCAGAAAUGAAAUUGGUCCUGUCAAAUGUAUUGUCGAAAUUCGAAGUCUUGCCGUGUGAAAAAACCGAAAUUCCCGUCGACAUUAGAAGUAUGUCCGGUUUUAUUACAGCGAAAAACGGUAUUGUGUUAAAAUUUAGACCGAUCGUUGAGCAUUAAUUAUGAAUUAUUUGUAUACUUCCGUAAUAAUAUUAUACAACUAAUUUGAUGUGUGUGAGUUAUUGUAUAAGGUGUUAAGGGAUCAUAAACAUGAUUUAAACACAAUAAGGUACAGUUAUUAUUACAUACCUACUGCAGAUGAGUAGAUGACCAAUGUUAAUAGUAAUAAUAAAAAUUAUACCUUUACAUAUCGUAUCAUGUUAUUGAUAGUGCUUUGAAUUAUAUAUUUUUAUUAGGCACAUAACUAUAUUUUUUCAAUAUUUCAAAUGGCUCUGUUCACACUUCUAUAAAAAAUAUUUAGUUUUUAUGUAUUACAUUUUUUUAUGUCAAUAAAUCUCGUAAUUUAUUAUUAUUU